GCCCCGCGUCGCCUCCGUCGCCCGCACCUGCGCGUCGCGGCCGGUCCCGCCCUCGGCGGCGGCUCACCUGGGCGCCGCGCGGGCCGGGCGCCGCCUCCGGGACGCAGGUGGAGCGGCCGGGGCGCGGGCACCAUGAGCAGCGGCGGCGCCAACAUCACCUACGCCAGCCGCAAGCGGCGCAAGCCCGUGCAGAAAACAGUAAAGCCAGUCCCUCCUGAAGGAAUCAAGUCCAAUCCUUCCAAACGACACAGAGACCGCCUGAACACAGAGUUGGACCGCCUGGCCAGCCUGCUGCCCUUUCCACAAGAUGUUAUUAAUAAGCUGGACAAGCUCUCCGUUCUGAGGCUCAGCGUCAGCUACCUCAGGGCCAAGAGUUUCUUCGAUGUUGCACUAAAGUCCUCCCCCGCUGACGGGAAUGGAAGCCAGGGUCAGUGUAGAGCACAGUUGAGAGACGGGCGGGCCUUGCCAGAAGGAGAGUUCUUACUACAGGCACUGAACGGCUUUGUCCUGGUGGUCACGGCAGACGCCCUGGUCUUCUAUGCUUCCUCCACGAUCCAAGAUUACCUGGGCUUUCAGCAAUCUGACGUCAUCCAUCAGAGCGUGUAUGAGCUCAUCCACACGGAAGACCGCGCCGAGUUCCAGCGCCAGCUACACUGGGCUCUCGACCCUGCACAGUACACAGAUGCUGCACAAGGAGGGGAUGAAGCUCGUGGCCUCCCACAGCCAGCAGUGUGUUUUAACCCAGAGCAGCUUCCUCCAGAGAAUGCUUCCUUCCUGGAGAGGUGCUUCAGAUGCCGGCUGAGAUGUCUGCUGGAUAACUCAUCUGGUUUUCUGGCGAUGAAUUUCCAAGGGAGGUUAAAGUAUCUUCACGGGCAGAACAAGAAGGGGAAGGACGGGGCACUGCUCCCUCCACAGCUGGCCUUGUUUGCAAUAGCAACUCCACUCCAGCCUCCGUCCAUACUGGAAAUCCGAACCAAAAAUUUCAUCUUCAGGACCAAGCACAAACUAGACUUCACACCUAUUGGUUGUGAUGCCAAAGGCCAGCUCAUCCUGGGCUAUACAGAAGUGGAGCUGUGCACAAGAGGGUCAGGCUAUCAGUUUAUUCACGCUGCUGACAUGCUGCACUGUGCGGAAUCCCACAUUCGAAUGAUUAAGACUGGAGAAAGUGGCAUGACUGUUUUCAGGCUCCUCGCAAAACACAGUCGGUGGAGGUGGGUCCAGUCCAACGCGCGCUUGGUUUACAGAAACGGAAGGCCAGACUACAUCAUCGCCACUCAGAGACCGCUGACGGAUGAAGAAGGAAGAGAGCAUUUACAGAAGCGAAAUAUGACGCUGCCCUUCAUGUUUGCUACCGGAGAGGCCGUAUUGUACGAGAUCGCCAAUCCUUUCCCUCCCAUCUUGGAUCCCUUACCAAUACGCAACAAAAGCAGCACUGGUGGGAAAGACUGGGCUCCUCAGGAAAGCCCAAGUAAGGAUUCUCUCCACCCCAGUUCUCUUUUGAAUGCCAUGAUCCAGCAGGAUGAAUCCAUCUAUCUCUGUCCCGCUUCGAGCCCCGCGCCAUUGGACAGCCGUUUUCUCGCGGACUCUGUGAGGGAGUGCAGUGUUUGGCAAGACAGCUUUGCACCAAGCGAAGCUGUGCUGAAACAUGAGCAAACUGCGCAUGCUCAGGACAUGAACCCCGCACUCUCAGGAGGUCCCUCGGGGCUCUUUCCUGAUAACAAAAACAGUGACUUGUACAGCAUCAUGAGAAACCUAGGGAUUGAUUUUGAGGACAUCCAAAGGAUGCACAACGAGGAGUUCUUCAGAACUGACUUGUCAGGGGAGGUCGACUUCAGAGACAUUGACCUAACAGACGAAAUCCUGACGUACGUGCAAGAUUCUCUGAGCAAAUCGGCCUUGCUGGAUUCAGCUUGCCAGCAACAGCCGGUGACUCAGCACCUCAGCUGCAUGCUCCAGGAACGCCUGCAUCUGGAGCAGCAGCAGCAGCAGCUCCAGCAGCAGCACCCUGCUGAGGCCGUGGAGCCCCAGCAGCAGCUGUGUCACAUGGAGCCCCUCCAGCAUGACCUCGCUCAGAAAAUGCAGCACAUGCAAGCCAAUGGCAUGUUUGCAGGUUGGAACCCCGCCCCCCCUGUGUCUUUGAGCUGUCCUCAGCAGGAACUAAAGCACUAUGAUGUCUUUUCAGGCUUACAAGGGACUGCUCAAGAAUUCCCCUACAGAUCCGAGGUACACAGUACGCCUUACACACCGAGCUUUGCUCCCUGUAAUCAGGCUGUGCUGCCUCAGCUUCCCAAGUGCGCAGAGUUGGACUUCCCUGGAAGGGGUUUCCAGCCGUCCCUGCACCCCACCUCUGCUAACUUAGAAGAUUUUGUCAGCUGUUUACAGGUUCCUGAAAACCAAAGACACGGGAUAAAUUCACAGUCAGCCGUGGACGCUCCUCAGGCAUACUACGCUGGGGCCAUGUCCAUGUAUCAGUACCAGCCAGGGCCGCAGCACACGCCUGUGGACCAGAGGCAGUAUGGCCCUGCAGUCCCAGACUCCCAGGCAUUUCUAAGCAAGAAUCUGGGUGCUUUAAAUGAAACCUAUCCAUCUGAAUUAAACAGCACUGGUCACUCACAGACCCCUGCUCACCUUCAUCACCCCGCAGAAGCCCUGCCUCUUCCUGACAUCACACCCAGUGCAUUCCUGUAGCAUCAAGCCCAGGGUCAAAUUCAUUCAGGAACAGGAACUGGAACUGUCAGUGUUGGGCAUCAGUACUCUUUUUCCAAAACAGGUUUUAACCUUUGUGUGUAGAAAAGGAGUUUAAAUAUAUAUAUAAUCAGUCACCUAUAAAAUGGGACGCUCUAUGGGAGCACAGGUAGAGCCCACACACACAUUUGCAUGGCUCCGGAACCUUGGAGUGCACGGUCCUUACAGCGGAGAACUUCAGGAUUCGGGAAAGUUGAAUUUCUCUGCUCAAUAACUUCAGCCAGAAAAACACUGAAGUACUUUGAGCUUUGAACUUCUGGAUUCUUGUUAGCAUACCAAAUAUGAGUUACAAGACCAAUCGAUUUCCUAUACUUUUAACCUCUGUUUUUGUGUCAGAUGUUAAAAUAAAUGGUUUGGUGCUUUGGUCAAAAGAAAAUCUCAAUAUUUUCCUUCUGCACUGUUAAUAUAAGUGCCUCACAUUUUUUUCUAUCUAGCUGUAAUACAAUAGGGUGUGUAUUUUAUAUAAAAUAUUCUUUAUCUCUUUUGGAUUAAUAUUCUUUCUGCACACAGAUAUUAAUUGCAUUUCCUAAAUUCCAUUAUUUUUAUUAAUUCAGGCAUGUUUUUACUGCACUACUCAUCCCUUUCUUCUGAUAAAGGGCCAGUGAUGACUGAAAGAUAACUAUUUAUUAUGUAAUAUACUUGUUUCUGGACUUUAGAUGUUCCUCUGUGCCUUAUGUUGAAAAUUUUGAAAAUAACACGUUGCCAAAAUUAUUUAAUUAUUGCCUAACUGUUAAGGCAGUAGCACUUAUAUUUUAACAGUGUUUCUGAGAAGAGAGAUAAUGCCCAUGCUCACUUUCACUGAAACACGUCAGCAAUGAAAGCGGAAGGCCGUCAUGUGAGGUGCUGAAGUCAGCUGUGCGCUGAGCUGCAGUGAAGGGAGAUUGGCUAGUUAGAGAAGUUAAGCAGAGCGCUCAUUUCGUUGUGUACAAAUUGUCUUUCAAAGCUAGCGUGGGUCUCUAAUCCUUUUUGUUGUAUUGACUUUAUAAAUUCCACUUCUUACAUUGGUGGAAGCUAUUUUUUUUCUCCUAUGUGAGGAAUGUUAAGACUGAAGAUGCCAAGUUUAGUGCUAGGCAUUUUGAUGACUGAAAUUAACGGUGCAUUGCAUAAAAGUAACGAACAAAAUGAUCUGUAAGACGUUUUCUGUGUCCAUUUAAGAUAGUUCUUACCUCACAGGCAUAUUUUUUCAGUGUAUCUUUUUAAGAAAUCAGAUAGUGAAUUCAGGCUUUUUGAGUUGGUAAGAUAAACACAAUUUGUUUGCCUCCAUUUAUUAAGUUCUUUGAAAGAUACAUAUUGCUACCAAUAUGGCGAAUUCAUCACUCAGCCAAAUUGACUGUCCUCUGAUCCUCCUGCCUCUGUCUCCUUCAGCAAGUCCUACUGGCAUGGGCCACCACAAUCAGCUUGUCUGUUCUUAAAUGGCUUAAGGAAAAAAAAAUGCUGAUGUAUGUCAUUGUCUUUGUCUUUUACUUAGAUAUAAUAUAUGAAGGACACAGAUCUGUUUUCCAUAUAUUGUAUAAAAAUCUGAUGAGAUCCCAAACUGAUACGUAAUAUUAAAAAACAAAACAACAACAACAAACCAGCAGUGGUUCUCAGCCUGAGAGUUGUGAACCAUUUGCGAGGAGAGUGACCCUUUCACAGGGGUCAUCUAAGAGCUUUGAAAAACACAGAUGCUUACAUCACAGUUUGUAACAGUCGUAAAAUUAUAGUUAGGAAGCAGCAAAGAAAAUAACUGUAAGGUUGGGGAUCGCCACAACAUUAGGAAGGUUGAGAGCCUCUGCAAUGCAGGCUCUUUCAUUUUUCUUUUAGAAAAUUAAUAUAUGUGAACAUGGCUUCACGUAAGAAGAAUUUGUGCAUUUUUCAGUCAAAAUUCUGAAUCUUUAGGAUUCAGCAUUGAAAAACAGUUGUCUGAAACAUUUCACAAUUUGCUUCCAGCAUGUAGUAACACCAAGGAUCUAGACCAGUGGUCUGGACUAUUAUCCUUUUUAGACUUAACCUUUUCAUUAAAAGUUGUCACAGAAACUGUUUUGUCAAUCUCUUCUACAUGAUACCAAAAAAUAACCAGUUAAAAAUAACGUUGGACACUGUGUGUGUGGUGGCAUUUAACUAAACACAAAGCCGAAAGUUUUAACAGCUUUAUAUUUUAUCUAAUAUAAAAUAACUAAAAUAUCCAAGAAUCAUAAAAUCACAUUAAAUUGAAUAUGCAUUUGUCUGUAUUGCCAAGUGGCAAGCAAAAGGAAUGAUUUAAGCACUGCUAGACUGAGGGCCUAAUUUCUAGGUGAAAUUCACAUCCAAGAUUCUGUGUAUGUCUGACUGAAGUUCUUCUCUCUGUGUUUUUCCACAGCACCCGAACACUUACUAAUAUGCCGUUGUAUUACCCUUUCGAUCGUUACUAUGCACAGGCUGGUUUAUUUCAGUAUCAAUAGAUUUUAGGUUUACAUAGCUUCUUGCUAUCCUUCAAACUGUUAUUGCUUACAUAUGCUAUGCAUAGAUUUUUUUGUUAAAGUAUGAUUUAUAAUAUCCUUGAGUAUCAAAGAAAAUGUAAACAGUGAUAUAUGAUAAUAAAACAACCACCAAAUAUGAAUAAUGUUUUCAUGUAAAUUCUUCUUUCUCUGUAUCUGCAGAGAAAACAGCUCG